CAACUCCCUUAUCUCUCUCCCCCACACAGUAAGUAGUAGAAAAAUGGUGAGCCUUGAUCAGAGAAUGAUGCAAUAUUUGCAAAGCUUAAGCCUUUCCAUCUGGGAUUUUGUUUCUCUGCUCUUGCUCUUGUCUUCUUCUCUAAUCCUUUUUAACACUAUAAUAAUGAAAUUGGUUGCAACACACAAGAAGAAGAAGCAGCCUCCUCCGGGCCCUCCAAAGCUUCCAUUAUUGGGUCACUUGCACCUCCCCCACCGCUCUCUCAGGGAUCUUUCGGCAAAAUAUGGCCCCGUCAUGCUCCUCAAACUCGGCUCGGUCCCGACCAUGGUCGUCUCCUCCGCCGCCGCCGCAAGAGACUUGUUUAAACUACACGACCUCGCUUCCUGCAGCCGCCCUCGCCUCGCCGCCAGCGGGAGGUUUUCGUACAACUUUCUAGACCUGAAUCUAUCCCCAUAUGGGGAGCGUUGGAGGGAGCUUCGGAAGAUUUGCAUGGUGGAGCUGUUCAGCGCCAGGAGGGUGCAGUCGUUUGAGAAGAUAAGAGAAGAGGAGGUGGGGGUGCUGAUAAACUCCAUCUCUCAAUCCGCAGCUUGGGGAAGUAGUCCAAUUGAUGUGAACGAGAAAUCGUAUUCUUUGACCGCGAGUAUAACGACGCGGGUUGCGUUUGGGAAGACGUUCAGAGGGGGCGAGCUGGAUGAUGAGAAUUUCCAACAGGUGAUCCGCAGAGCGGUUGCUGCGUUGGGAAGCUUUUCGGCGAGUGACUUCUUUCCCGGCGUGGGGUGGAUUGUUGAUCGGGUGAGUGGCGUUCAUGGGCGGCUGGAGAAAAGCUUUGCUGAGUUGGAUGAAUUUUUUCAACGUGUGGUGGAUGAUCGCGUCAACUUCAGGGAGACUCGUCGAAAUCAUGAAGAGAAUAUUGUUGAUGUUUUGUUGAAAAUGGAGAGGGAUUGCUCCCAAUCUGAUACACUCAAAUUCACCACAGAUUGCAUUAAGGCACUCAUCAUGGAUAUAUUUCUAGCGGGAGUAGAAACGGGAGCAGGCAUAAUUGUUUGGGCUAUGGCAGAGCUUGUGAGAAAUCCAAGGGUGAUGAAGAAGCUACAACAUGAGAUCAGAAGCUCCAUAAAAGGAGAUCAAGUGAAGGAGAGCGAGCUCGAAAAGCUCGAGUAUCUAAAAAUGGUGGUGAAAGAGGUUUUGAGGCUGCAUCCACCGGCCACGCUUCUGCUUCCAAGAGAAACCAUGUCCCAUUUCGAGCUCAACGGAUACGACAUCGACCCCAAAGCCCAUCUUCACGUGAACGUAUGGGCCAUUGGGCGAGACCCCGAGUGGUGGAUUAACCCGGAGGAGUUCUCACCGGAGAGAUUUAUUGGAAGCAACGUUGAUUACAGAGGGCAGAAUUUCGAGUUAUUGCCGUUCGGAGCUGGCCGGAGAAUUUGUCCCGGGAUGAAUAUGGGGACUCUUACGGUGGAGCUAGCGCUGGCUAAUAUGUUGCUGUGUUUUGAUUGGAAACUGGCACAAGGAAUGAAAGAAGAAGAUGUAGACAUGGAAGAGGAUGCUGGUCUAACCACUGCAAAAAAAUCACUUCUUAAACUUGUUCCACACCCACCUUAAUUACAUCAGCUCCUAGUUUAACAUGUAAAACAUUGGUGUUGGUGGGAAAAAUUAUUCAAUAAGCUCGUCAUUAUAACAAUUUUAUAUUUGUUCAAGUAUAAUUUUUAGAUUA